AUGACAGACAAGCGCCAGCCAGAGAUUGUCCUCUAUGACUUGGCCUGCAUCAAGAACGUUUGCUUCUCGCCUGUCGUGUGGCGUAUCCGCUUGAUGCUGAACUACAAGCGCAUCCCAUACAAGACCGUGUUCCUCGAGUUCCAAGACAUCGAGCCCACGCUGAAAGCGCUUGACCUGAAGCCGCACGAGAGUGUUUCUCCAGGCCAGCCAAGAUAUACAGUACCUGCAAUUCAUCACAUCCCAACAGACAAGCACAUUAUGGACUCCGCUGCUAUUGCAAACUUCCUGGAAUCCGUCUACCCCGACCCUUCAGUCUUGCUCAGCUCUCAGCUGGGGCAAGAAGUUGAGUCUGAAGCGCGGAGAGUAAUCGGAACAGUCUACAAGACGUCUCUAACUCCGCGCGAGCUGCACAUUCUGUCGCCGCCUACACAACAGUACUUUCGUCGCACGCGAGAGGCAUCUUUAGGACAUCCCCUCGAGGAACUCGUGAGUGGGAAUAAGGAGGAAGAAGUCUGGAAUGCUGCUUCGAUUGACAUCCGCCGUGUUGGCGAAAAAUUGCUCACGAAUGAAGCGAAAGGACCAUUCUUGUUGGGCCAGAAACCGAGCUAUACGGACUUCUUCAUUGUGGGGUCAUUGCAGUGCGCAAAAGUGAAUGAUGAGGGUGUAUUUGAGGGGGACUAUCGAGUUUCCUGGCUUCGGGAAGAUAUACAAGGCUUGUCUGCCCCUUAUCGAGCAGAAGAAGGACUGAUUGGAAGAGGCAGCCUUCGAAGGAUUGGAUUGAGCUGUCGAUGA